AUGGAGCGAAGGACUCUGUUGGUUCUCUUCUCCAUUCUCCUCGCCGGGACACCGACCCUCAGCCAGCGGGACGACAGGUCGGAAGCCCUCGUCUCUGUGGACGUGGGUGUUAUCCUCGACAUGCGGACCCUGGUCGGGAAGAUGUGCUGGACCAGCAUCUCCAUGGCCGUCGAUGACUUCUACGCCGCCAACCGCAAUUUCACAACCCGGCUGGUGCUCCACCGCAGGGAUGGCGAGGCCAGUGUCAUCGGCGCCGGAUCCGCAGGUAGUCUUCUUCGCCCCUCUCACUCUUCCAAGAUUAUAGUUCACAGCCACUAAAAAGCCGUGAAAACAAACAAGUUCCCUGCUUCUUCCUCAAACCCUGUUGCUUUUCAAACUGUGUUAACGGAAGUCUUUCAACUUGAGGACGCACCAAUUGAGGUUUUACUUGCCAACAAAUCAGUCCGUUUGAUUAAUUCUCAACAAAUCUAGUAUAGCAUCGCAGGUUUACGUGUCUCCCGACUAUCUUGAGAAUAAUCUAACGUAAUUUUAUGUGAGAGAAUUCAGCCCUUGGAUUACUGAACAAGGAAGGUGUAUUAGCAAUCUUGGGCCCUCAGAAAUCCGCGCAGGCAAGGUUCUUAUCUGACAUAGCAGACAAAGCUCGGGUCCCAUCUAUCUCCUUCACAGCAACGAGCCCCUUCCUCUCGUCUUCAGCUAGGUCUUACUUCGUGAGGAUGGCUAUCAACGACUCCGCCCAGGUCGACGCCGUGGCUUCCAUCGUCAGGUACUAUGCGUGGAGAGAAGCCGUCAUCAUCUAUGAAGACACCGAUUAUGGGAACGGGGUCAUCCCUUACCUUAUCGACGCCCUGCAAGCGAACAGCAUCAGAGUCCCCCACAGGACAGUGAUACCCCCUUCGGCAACGGACGACCAGAUCAAGGAAGAGCUCCUCAACUUGAAGAUGAUACAGACGAGGGUGUUCAUUGUGCACAUGUCUCUGCCUGUCGGCACUCGUGUCUUCUCGAAGGCAAAGGCGAUAGGAAUGACGACGAAAGGGUUUGCAUGGAUCGUCACCGAUGGCAUCGCAAACCUCGUUGACUCUGUCGACCACGAAGUUAUCAGCGCCAUGCAGGGCUUCGUGGGUGUGAAGCCCUACGUACCCAGAACCGCAGAACUUGAAGCAUUCAUCCGUCGAUGGAAGCGGAAGUAUCGCAAUGAAAACCCUAAAGCCGAGAGGAUCGACCCCUCCAUCUUCAGCCUUUGGGCCUACGACUCCGUCAGAGCCCUGGCCUUGGCCGUGGAGAAGGUUGAAGUUAAGAGGUUUUCCUUCGAGAAGCCACGGAUCUUUGGCAACUCCACGGAUCUAGACGCGCUGAUUGUGUCCAAGAUGGGUCCGACCAUCCUCAAAGCGGUCAUUGAGACUAGUUUUACAGGCCUCAGCGGGGAAUUCCGUCUGGUCAACGGGCAGCUGCAGAGCUCGGCGUAUCAGAUAGUCAAUGUCGUCGGAAAUGGGCAAAAGGGGAUAGGCUUCUGGACACCCAAACGUGGGCUGUCACCGCAGUUGGGAUCUCCGACCAAUAAGGACGAGCUCGGCGCCGUCGUCUGGCCAGGAGAUUCCACCUCAGUCCCGAGAGGAUGGGAGAUCACCACCGGUGGGACAAGGCUCAGGGUUGCUGUCCCGGUGACGGAUAGCUUCUUCCAGUUCGUGAGAUUUGACGAAGAUCCCGUCACCAAGGAGAAAGUACCCACAGGAUACUCCAUAGAGAUCUUCAAUAACGUGAUGAAGUCCUUGCCCUACUAUGUUCCCUUCGACUACUUCCCUUAUACGAACAGUAAUGGAACCUCUGGGUACUACGACUUGCUCGUGCAGCAAGUCCCCAAAGGGGUGAGUUCAUAUUUUUUUCUCCUACGUAGACCUGUAGCUAAUACAUACCAUCAUCUAUUUAAGUUAAUCAGUUUGCAUCGUGGCUUAAGAGACCCGCAAGGAAUCAGACUGUGCUACUCGAAUCAAAAUCUCAAUUAGGGAAGCAACCUCAACCAUUUAUCCGCGCGUAUUACCAUGUUGAUCAAUUUUAUAACCUCUGAUUGCGAGCUAUUAAAUCGAAUCAAUUAUUCAGUAUCCCUGUUUAUUGUAGAUGUCCACUCAUUUCAACUAUUGAUUACUUUCGUUAACUGUGAAUUUGGUUAUCUCUCUCUCUCUCUCUCUCUCUCUCUCUCUCUCUCUCUCUCUCUCCUUCAUUCUGGAACCUAAUUGUUUCUCGUUGAAAUGCAUUGGCAAUCGCCAUUUUAUCUCGUGUUGGGGAGUAGGACUACGAUGCCGUGGCCGGAGACGUGACGAUAAUAGCUCAUCGGUUCCAGUACGUGGACUUCACCCUGCCGUACACGGAAUCAGGGGUCUACAUGAUCGUUCCCCUCAAAGAAGACAACAAGAGAGGGAGAACAUGGGUCUUCAUGGAACCAUUGACUCACGAGUUAUGGCUGUGCAGCCUCUGCUUCUUCCUACUUACCGGUUUCAUUAUGUGGGGGAUCGAGCGUAUGAACCAGAACGAGCAUUUCACGGGUCCUCCUCUUCAAGUCAUCAGCAACGUUCUGUACUUCACAUUCUCCACUCUCGUCUUUGCGCACAGUACAGUACACUGAUACCUAUAAGCCUUCUUCUUCCACGUCUUAUCCAAGUCUUCUUUUUCUCUAAAAGCCUUACUCUCCCUCCUCUUCGUCAAGCCUUCUUCUUAUAACUUCCAAAGUCUUCUUCAAUUCUUCUUCUUGUAUCCAGGUCACUUCUUGAGGCCUUCUUCUAUCUGUUCUCGUCUUCUAAUGAUGUUGUCUACAAUUUAUCCAGGGCAAGAGCUUAAGAGCAGCUUAUCAAAGGCCGUGGUAAUCGUGUGGCUCUUCGCGGUGCUCAUAUUGACGUCAACAUACACGGCUAGCUUGGCCUCUAUUCUGACAGCGGCGAAGCUCGAGCCGGCGUUCAAUGACGUGGGCGAGUUGGUGAGGAGCGGGAAGUUCGUAGGGUACAGCAGAGGCUCCUUCCUUGGGGACCUGCUGAAGCCCACCUUCGGCUCCAGGCUGGUUCCCUUGAACGGCCCCGACGACUAUGCGUCGGCUCUUACAAACGGCACUGUGAACGCCGUCUUUCAUGAGCUCCCAUACAUCAAGCUCUUCCUCAAAAAAUACUGCAAGGGUUACACCAUCGUCGGCCCGACUCAGAGGACUGCGGGGCUCGGAUUCGUGAGCGGCUUCACUUCUCACCUCUCUCUCUCUCUCUCUAGUUGUCGUCGGCAGAACCCUUCGGUCUUAAAUUUUAUCCCCCCAUGCAGGCCUUCCGGAAGGACUCUCCUCUUCUCUCGGAUGUAUCGAAGGCGGUGGUUAGCUUGUCUCAGGGCCCGUUCAUGGACGACAUCGAGAAGCGAUGGAUGCUGACGAACGAUACGAGCCAGUGCCAGCAGCCCGACGCCGGGGGCAACCGCAUCACAUUGCAUAGUCUGCGGGGGUUGUUCCUCGUCACCGGCGUCGUCUCCUCGUUGGCGCUCCUGGUCGCCUGCAUCGGAAACCUUCUCGAGGGAUACCAAGAACGCCGAGUGAGACCCUCCGAGACAACGCCUGAAGGAGAGGAUGAACCGCUGGCCGACGACGAGCAGCCGCCAGUAGGCGUUGGACUGCCCGCAAUAGGACCAGGACGAGACAGUGCGGCAUUAUUACAAGAUUCCAGCGAGAGGGGCCCAUCCGCCACGGAAAUUCUGCGCCUUGACAAGGUCACCCAGGUGUGA